GUUUGGUCUCGGGUCCCUUCAGUCCAAGCACAAGACCAAGGUCAAGUUCAAAGUUGAUGUCAGAAUUUGGAACUCUGACUUGAUGGGUCAGCUUUUCUGAUGUUACCCACACUUUCUGGAGCCAGUCACUAGAUACAGAGGAAGUCACAUCUCUUCCACCACCUUGCAAUUGUGAUUCUUGCUGAAAAUCACAUACAGAAAGGAAGAGUUACGGUAUUCUCUGGGCAAGUGUCCCCUGUGGAGUCCUACCUCCAGAAUGUGCUGUGUACUGACCACCCAAGUGGGAGAGUCACUGUGAGGUUAGAAGAAAACAAUCGGGAAGAUGGCAGACCAGUCCUGAAGAUUCUUCUCCCCCAUGGGUCUAGCCUUUUUUGCUGAAAUUUCCCCAUGCUGCUGGGAGUUAUUGCCUGAGAUCACAAGAUGGGUAUGGGCGCAGUGACUCCAUCCUUUCCUGAACUCAUGGUACGUCAUGCUGUCCCUGCACUACACAACCCUCUUUAAGAGCACGCAAAGUUCUAAACAGAGGGCUCUUACUUCAGCCCAGUAGAUGGGAACGUUGCUGCAGAGAAUGUUCAGUGUCAUUCCUAGCGCUCUGUAGUCGGCCAGUUGCCCCUCGCAGUAGCUGUAGGACAAGCUGUCGUCUCCUGGGACCUGCUGGGAAACAAGAUGUUUAUAUUGGUAAUAGCAAAAAGAGGGAUAAAGUUACCAAAGGCAUUGGAGGCACCACUCAGCAGAGACAUCUGGGGCCUUUCACACUGCUCCUCUCACUGCAUGGUGAAGUUCUCGAUUCUCUGGGUAAUUUCAGCCAGGCUGGGCAUGGCAACCUUAUCCAUCUUCACAACCAAACACUUCCUUCUGUCCUGAACCCAAAAGCCAAUGAGCCUCUGGAAGCCAAUGGGGAAAGAGCUUUGCGACAAGUCACAGAACACUCAGGCAUUUGCUGCAUAAAUCAAGAGCAAAGCAGUGAAUAUAAAAUAGGUCGCUCCAAACCCAGAAUACCGUGUGCCAGCUAGGAGAACAGAUUUGUGUGCAUCAGGCACCAUGGCUGGCACUGCCCUUGCAAUUACUGUCAGCCACAGAUUUGUUAGCUGGCUUAGAUUUAUUGCCAAUGUAUUUUCAUUUAGUGUUCAUGUACCUAGAACAUUUUGUAAGGUGCAUCAUAGGCAGUGAGUUAAUGAAUGAAACAAAUGUAACAGAUGGCAGUGCGCUCCUCCAUUUCUGGCCAUUACAAGCAGAACAGAGUUGGUCAUAAAAAGCUGGAUGCAAAGGACAUGGGGACGGUUGUCUUCAACUAGAAGUAUUUUAAUUCUGGAUCUGCUCUUGAUGGAAAUCUUCAUGGAGAAGUGGAGUUUCCUAAAGCCAAACCAGAAGUCGCUUAUUCAGAAGAGAAAUCCCUGUGAAAAGCACAACAUUUUAGACUCUAUUGCUUGAGCUAAAGAACCAGGUCUAUUAGUUUAAAGGCAGUAGCAGACUCAUGAACCUUAAUAUGUGAUCUAGCCACUACAGACAAAGCACCACAUUACGUAAGCUCUUGUUCUGUUUAUUGUCCUGACUUGCCUCGGUGCCAAUCCACUGCAAGGCUUUUGACACCCAGCACUCCGAGAUCCCAUUUACUCUUUCAAGUCAGCCUGAACAUCUGUGGGACUCACAUGUUUAUAGUCGCACACGACUGAGCUUCUGUUGCCCUGGAUGUGAAAGCCAGCCACUUUCUCCUGGCUGCUCACCACCAUCGUCUGCUGAAUCACUUCCCCAUUGCUUCUGCUGCUGGUGGUUUGGAUAAUCUGCAGGAGACACAUCACACACGUUGCAGCAAGAAUCACAAUCAUGAGGUACUGGAAGCGACGUGACUACCCUAAAUCAACUGAUUGAUUUCAAACAGCGUGGGAAACACCAACUGGAAAAGCUGACCCAUCAAGUCAGUGUUCUACAGGGAAGAAGGAAAAAAGGAUAAUUAGCUAGAUACCUGGUGGAAUUUGCUGGAAAAGAAUCAUCCCCUGCCAUGCAACAUAGGAGACUGAGGAUUUUGAAUACCAAGGAAGGGAGAAAUUGUUAAACUGUUACCUUACUAGUCAGAUCUCACCCUAGUUUUAUGAAAUCCUGAAGGCCAGCUUAUGCACUGAAAUGUUUGUACAUCAAGCUGCUUCUGGGAAUUCUAAAGUUAGCCCCAUAAAAAUGUUUCUGCAACAAUUUAUUGGCUCUACUAAUAAAAAAAAAAGGAAGGAAUUUGCAUGGAGGUACAUAGAAUGAGUUGGAGACGGAAGAAGAGAAAAAGGAGAUAAGGAAAGGGAGAGAGAAAGAGCAAAUAAUUUCUGGGUUGAAGGACUGAUUGAAUUUAUUCCUGCCCCUCUCCUUUAUUCUCUUUCCCCGGCAGGCAUCCCAGGAGAAAUGGGAAAGGAUGUGGUGGCUGUUUUGAGCACUUAUGUAAUAUUAAAGAUUUCCAGCUAGUUUACUAUGCGGAAAGAAAGGCAGAGGACCCCCAGCAUGCAGGACCCUGGCUUAUCUCUCAACAGGUUCAAAUACUGGUAACUAAGUGUGGUCCCAGCAUAAGCUGAUGGGCUCCACUCUUCCUGCUGUAGGAGGCUGGUGGCAGCUAAAAGCAUCCCCCAGCCUGUAACCUGUUAGUUACACUGAGUCAGUCAUUGAGAAAAAUGUUGAACAGCAUCGGGCCAAAAACAUAUCUCUGUGGAACCCCACUAGAAACAUACCCACUCAACGCAAUAACAAGGAAGUUCAGGGCUUUAAAAAUCAUACUGGGAAAAAGAACACUGGAUCCCUGGACCCUUUAUAAAAGCAUGGGCUGGCUCCUGAGAGGGAAAACAGUUGUGGACAGAAAAGAUGGAUUGCAAAAGUACUACCGAGCUCACCAUGCCUGCUCAGCCACCUGUUUACAGCUCCAUGCCCAAAGUGAGCACAACCCAACAAAGAAUCAUCCUUGCCUCAGUCAUGGUGAUUCUCCUGGGCUUCUUCAUAGUUGCCGGCACUUUGGUGGGAGUUUACCUGACCCAAAAACACACAGAAAAGGUCCUUGACAUGGUCAUCCAGGGAAACAAGGGGGAAGAGGAAGAGCAGACGGCCAUGGUAAAUGAACGGGAGAACGUGGCCGCUUUCCACAUCAAAAGAAAGAAAUCCACAGCCACUGUUGUGUACAACUAUAACCAAGGUCUAAUAGGUCUCAGAAUCACCAACAGUAAAAAAUGUUUUGUGCUGAAGAUGGAUAAACUCAACAUACCAAGCUUGGAUGAAAUUUCCAGAGAUCUCCCACAUUUUAACGCCAAACAGGUCGCUGGAGACAAAAUGUCUUACAACUUCACAGAGGCGGAACCGGCUGACCGCACUACACUAGGAACAACUCUGAAUAUUCUCUGCAGCGACCUCCCCAUCUACUGGGCUCUGCCUCGCAAGAUCCAAGGAAACCGCAGCAGUUCUGCUCCUCUUGGCUCCCCAUGGUGUUUCUUUGGCUCUUUGUGUUUGUGCUUUUGAUCUGAAAUCUCAAGUUACUGUGUGAAUUAUGCCUACUCGUCGGGACAGACCGCAGAGUCUUGGAUGAGGCAAGCAUCAGAAUAAAACCAAUUUUUAGAA